UCUCUCCUCGCGACCACCCCGUCGAACCCUAACCCGCACCCUGAUCCGCCGCCGCCACCGCCUCCACCACCAGCCCACCGAAGCCUCCCACCGUUCCAUUCGCUUCCCUCCCACCGCUUCCUCCUCCUCAUAAAGCCUGCCCCGUUCGAAAAUCUUUGCCUCCAGAUCGUGAUCCUGCGGCAGUUCUUGGAUCGCCAGAUCGAUCGGAUGGCUGCCGCGGCGGUGGACCCGAUGGUGCUUGGGCUGGGAACGAGCGGAGGUGCGAGCGGGAGCGGAGUGGUAGGAGGCGGUGUUGGGAGAGCAGGAGGAGGGGGUGCGGUGAUGGAAGGGGCGCAGCCGGUGGAUCUCGCCAGGCACCCCUCCGGCAUCGUCCCCGUCCUCCAGAACAUUGUGUCGACUGUUAAUCUGGACUGCAGGUUGGAUCUGAAACAAAUUGCCUUACAGGCCCGUAAUGCAGAGUACAACCCAAAGCGUUUUGCAGCGGUUAUCAUGAGGAUAAGGGACCCCAAGACGACAGCUCUUAUAUUUGCUUCAGGAAAGAUGGUAUGCACUGGAGCAAAGAGUGAAGAACACUCGAAGCUUGCUGCCAGGAAGUAUGCACGAAUUGUCCAAAAGCUUGGCUUCCCAGCUACAUUCAAGGACUUCAAGAUCCAGAACAUUGUUGCCUCAUGUGACGUGAAAUUUCCCAUUCGUCUCGAGGGCCUUGCUUAUUCCCAUGGCGCCUUCUCCAGUUAUGAGCCAGAGCUCUUUCCUGGGUUGAUUUACCGUAUGAAACAGCCAAAGAUUGUCCUCCUUGUAUUUGUCUCUGGAAAGAUUGUUCUCACGGGAGCUAAGGUGCGGGAUGAGAUAUAUGCUGCCUUUGAGAACAUCUACCCGGUGCUAACUGAGUACAGGAAAUCUCAGCAAUGAGGGGAGGAUCCAUCAGCUAAAGUGGGAGUUCCCUGCUUCUUCUGUACAUAGAAAACUAAAAAGAUCUGACUGCGUCUCUUCUCUCUCUUUUAACUUCUUACUGCCAAGAACUAGGUUUAGAAUGCCAAGUACUCGUAGAAAAAGAUUGUAUUCUUUUCAUAACCGGGAGCCGACAAGCAACUGUGGUAUGUUAAGAGAUCAUGUUUAUCUGUAAAUACAUGACUCAAUUUUGCUCUAGUUCUCUAUUAUUGAGACGGUUAUGAAUUUGAUGAGUUAAGGACUGGAUGAUGAGAAAACGUUCUGUAGUUAAUUUGUGGCACAUUUUUUGAGUUA